CGAUAACUUGAUGCCGGUGUGAGCCGGACCCUGAUGCGGAUCUUCAUCUUCACAGUUUUAGAAGUUGAGACAUCUCAAAGUUCCAAGUUUUUCUGGUUGUUUUGGAAAGUUUGGAGAUGUUGCAUAAAAGAGUCCUCAAGGCCAAGGACCCUGCCCAGUCCACGAUGCCACUGCUGCUCUUUGUCAUCCUGCUGGUGGCAGUUUGGGCAGAGAGCUCGGACUACUACGACCUGCUGGGGAUCAGCAGGGAGGCAACGACAAGAGAGAUACGACAGGCUUUUAAGAAGCUGGCGCUCACCAUGCACCCCGACAAAAACCCUGGCGACUCUUUAGCUCAUGAGAAGUUCCUCAAAGUGAAUCGAGCUUAUGAAGUUUUGAAAGAUGAAGAUCUGAGAAAGAAAUAUGAUAAGUAUGGAGAAAAGGGGUUGGAUGAACAGCAGGGAGGACGCUACGAGAGCUGGAACUACUACAGAUAUGACUUUGGUAUUUAUGAUGACGAUUUGGAGAUCAUCACAUUGGACAGCGGAGACUUUGAGACAGCAGUUAACUCUGGAGAAAUCUGGUUUGUCAACUUCUAUUUCCCACGAUGCUCACACUGUCACCAGCUGGCUCCAACGUGGAGGGAGUUUGCCAAAGAGAUGGAUGGAGUGAUUAGGAUCGGAGCGGUUAACUGUGGAGACAACAACCAUCUCUGCAGGAGGAAAGGCAUCAACAGCUACCCCAGCCUGUAUAUAUACAGAGCUGGACAGAGACCAGAGAAAUUUAACGGGGAGCGCACCAAAGACGACCUGGUUCGCUUCUCCAUGCAGUUCAUCACAACAACCAUCACUCAGCUCUGGCAAGGGAACGUCUUCACCGAGAUAGAAAGCGCGUUUUCAUCGGGGCUCGGAUGGCUGAUCACCUUCUGCUCUGACACUGGAGAUUGUCUGGAGCCCAGAACAAGACAGAAGCUGGCAGGAAUGUUGGACGGUCUGGUUAAGGUGGGAUGGAUGGACUGCACCAUACAGCAACAGCUCUGUGACAGUUUCCAGGUGACCAGUGGAGCAACUGCUUUGUUCCCUCCUGGAAGUGCUUUGGAUAAACAAGGCAGUGUUCUGUGGCUAAAGACCUUGGACAGUAGAGAAAUCUACAAUCAGGUUAUCAACCAUCUGCCAGAUCUCGAACUGCUGACCAGUGACAGUUUCAAGAAGAAACUGGCUCGUCAUCGCUGGUUGGUGAGUUUUACAUUUGGUGACAGAGGCUCCUUCUCCAACGAGUACAAGAAGCUGCAAGCGUUUUUACGAAAUGACCACAUACAGGUUGGCAGAGUAGACUGUUUAGCAGACUCUGAGUUGUGUCAGUCUCUCUACAUCCAUAAACCUUGCAUCGCUGUCUUUAAAGGACUGGGAAUCCAUGACUUUGAGAUCCACCACGGUAAAGAUGUCUUGUACAACAUUGUGGGUUUUGCGCGAGACAGUGUUCGUGCUCAUGUGACGACUCUGAGGCCGGACAACUUUCCUUCUGACAGGAAGGAACCCUGGCUGGUCGAUUUCUUUGCUCCGUGGUGUCCUCCAUGUCGAGCUUUGCUGCCUGAACUGAGAAAAGCUUCAAUCCAGCUGGCUGGACAGAUGAAGUUUGGUACUCUUGACUGCACCAUCCACCACAACCUCUGCUCCAUGUACAAUAUUCAGGCCUAUCCCACCACAGUCAUCUUCAACGGUUCCUCAGUUCAUGAAUAUGAAGGACAUCACUCAGCUGACGGCAUCCUGGAGUUCAUACAGGAUCUGGUUAAUCCGACUGUGGAGGUCCUUGAUCCCUCCAGCUUCACAGAGAGAGUAAAAGGUCGAGCUGAAGGGCAGAUCUGGGCGGUGGACUUCUACGCUCCUUGGUGUGGUCCCUGUCAAGCUCUAAUCCCAGAGUGGAGGCGCAUGGCCCGGCUGCUGUCAGGUCAGAUCCUGGUGGGUUCUGUGGACUGUCAGCGCUUUCAAACGUUCUGUCAGAGUCAGGGUGUGAGAGCGUACCCUGAAAUCCGCCUGUACCCCGGCAACACCCGGCAACCAGAUGGAUACAUGGCUUACAACGGCUGGCACAGAGAUGCUCAUUCACUGAGAGCGUGGGCCCUCAGUUAUUUACCCAAAGCCUCGGUGGAUCUGACUCCAGAGACCUUCAGAUCUCAGGUUCUGUCCGGUCGGGAUCACUGGGUUCUGGAUUUUUACGCUCCGUGGUGUGGACCAUGUCAGCACUUUGCCCCAGAGUUUGAGGUCCUGGCUCGGAUGCUUAAAGGGGAAGUCCGAGCCGGGAAGGUUGACUGUCAGGCUCAUCAUCAGACCUGUCAGGCAGCUGGAAUCACCGCGUACCCGACUGUCAGAUUUUACCCAUAUCUGGGAACAAGAAGGCAGCAUGAACACAGCGGGGAAUACAUCAAUAGCCGGGACGCCAACACGAUUGCCGACAUCAUCAAACAGCGACUGCAACAGCUGUCGUCACGGUUACACAACAAACCAAAGGAUGAGCUCUGAUGAAGGAGGAUGCUGUGAGACAGACCAGUAAUCUGACUGGUCAGAGAUGGGAUAUGUGGCUUUCAUUGGUCCAGCUUGAUCAGUCGGUCGUUACUCCUGGAUGGGACGACAGCUGUGACACAGACUGAACGUCACCGGCUGUGUUCCCCAACGUACUGAACACUCUUGCCUUGAUUUUAUCUGGAUUUAACUGGUCUCCAUUGUUUGUAUUUACUCUAUGAAGUAAAACUGUGGGACACUGUGGGAUACUGUAUAUGUUACUGACACACACACACACACACACACACACACACAAUGACCAAGCUCUGUAUUUUACUGUUCAUGAAGAAACUGUUUUGGAAUAAAACUGUUUCUGUUAAAGUUUUUAUUCUACGUUUGCUCAAAACAAGUCAGAUGAUGAGACGUUAACACCAGAAAGUUGUGGUAAAUAUUUUUAUUAGGUGUCAUGUUUUUAAAGAUUCUUUUUCCACGUGAGGAAUUGCUGCUAUUCAGUAUUAUUAUAUUUCAGGCAUGUUGGUUUGAUAAGGCCUUGUAUGGAAUUAAAGUGAAUAAAAAAGGAUAUUAAAAUUAUUUCACUCUAAAAGCAGA